CAGCAGGGAAACAAUGGCGAAAAAAGGAAAGAAGGCUCUGGAAGUCCGUGAUCUCCCACCAGGAGAGGAGGCAGCGUCCUCGACAACAAAAACUCUUGUGAUCCCAGGCGAUCACAUUCCGAUAAAAAUUGAGAAUUCGACGGGGCCUGCUCGGGUACGGGUGGGACCAGGAUUGCAUCAAGAACAGGGGGAGCUGGUGGCAGUAAAGGCUGGAAUCUUGCAGCAAGGGAGCCAGAAUAGAUGGUGGGUUGAGGGUACGCAGAAAAGGUAUGUCCCUGCCUUGGGAGAGUCCGUAUUGGGCAUAAUUGCCUCCAAACAUGGAGAGUUUUAUCGAGUGGAUAUUGGGGCUGCCCACCCGGCGUCACUUCCCGUAUUAGCCUUUGAGGGUGCCACAAAGCGAAAUAGACCAAAUCUGGAGGUGGGAUCAUUAAUAUAUGCACGAGUAUCAUUAGCGAACAAGGAUAUGGAACCAGAGCUUGACUGCAUAGAUCCGGCCACAGGAAAAGCUGGGGGAUUUGGUGAGCUCAAAGAUGGGUUCAUGGUACGCUGUUCGCUUGGCAUGGCAAGAAGAUUACUUGAUCCAAGAAGUCCGAUUCUGCUUCGGCUAGCGGAAGCCUUCAAAUUCGAGACGGCGGUGGGAAUGAAUGGACGGGUAUGGGUGAACGCUGAGACGACACCGCACAUUAUAACGGUCGCGAGAGCCAUUCAGGUGGCGGACGGAGCUGCAGCUGGAGAUGUUAUGAGAAGGGUGGAACAAGUGCUCCGCACUCUAGACGACUUCAUGGACAACAGUUGAAGUUGGACCUAAUAUUUUUUCUUCUGUAAUUACUGGAACCGCAUGAGGUGCAUUUCAAUCCUGCCGAGGCAAGGAUGUGAAAAAUAUUUAUUCUCUAUCCUCGGAGCACGAGAAAUACUGGA